AUGUGCACCGUUUCGCUGUCGACUUUCAAGUACCCGACGUCGGUAUCCCACGAAAAAACUGUUUCACUGUAAGGAUUUUGCAGGUUUUGCAUGACAAGUUCGCUCUACAUGACAGAGAAAAUUUGCCAUGCAAGCUUCCUAAGGGAAAACACAGCUAAAAAUCCACUUUCUUGCAUGUGUAGCAAGACAAAUACUUCUGCGUUCCAUUUUAUGCAUCACAAGUUUACAGUGAAACAGUUUUUUCUUGCGAUAGUCGGGGGAGAACCUGUACAAUCUGCUGCAAACCUCCGACGUGGCAAAAGGUUGGCGCCGGGACUUGAAACCGGAGGACUUGAAGAUCUUCAGCGACACAAAGCGCCGGUUCUUCGACUCCUCCGAUCCGCGGGAGGCGGUGAAGCACUUGCGGUUGAAAUCGAUUUCCAGCUCGCCGCGACACCGGUGCUGCCGCGGAAGCGUGGUGGACGAGGAGAAAAUCGCGCGGAUGACCAAUCCGGACUGGUCCGCGAGGCACAAGACGGUCAAAUUCGGCGAUCACUUUUACGGAAAAAAGGGGAUCUUGAAGAACAGUAGCCCGACCUCCAGCACGACCCGGACGAGUCCAGACAAUUACAGGGGGAAUAAAGGUGCCGCAGUAGGUUCAGGAGCCUGUCCCGAUGAGGUUCUUUCACCAGCCAAUGGGCUUUCCUCGUCAGCCGCCCGUAGUUCUCCACAUCAAGCAAAUACUACCUUCAGCCGCCAAGAACCGCAAGCCAAGGAACCGAUGAAACCUUUGUUGCGCUCCACCAUGAAGAGCUGGCGUGCGGGCAGGUCCACGACAAUGUCGCUUGCGGAGCAGAAAAGUAGUGGUACUAGUGGCACCACUGAAGAUGCGCUGGACAGAGAGCUGCAACAACGACGAGGAGUGCUGUCGCCGAUGAAAAAUACAGCUGCAGUAGGAGAUCAACAGGGAAGUAACGUCGAGGACGAGGAUCAGGAUUAUGCUGCGCACUUCGAGACUUUGAUGUCCUCAGAUGGGUUUGUUCAACAUCAGUCAACAUCUUCCUCGCCCUCGCCCUCCCGGACGAGACGGCAUUUCGAGGAGGAUUUGUGCCUGUACGACACGGACGACGUAGAUAUUCAGUGGGACCAGGACCUGGAGCACCGGUGGUCCCGACCAAGGUUGACCAGCUCCUGGCUGUAUCCUGUGCAAAAGUUGUAUCGUACUAUUCAGUACUAGUACUUAACUGCAUUACAAAUUUCUUCGGCAUGAUGAUGUACAAUGGAGUCUGUAUUUUAAUAUGCGAUCUACCUGCCACCUAAGGCUAAGCCUUCUAAGAAAAAGAUUUGUAAAUGGAAGACCGCAGUUGAGUUUUUAUCACCAGUAGGAUAGUAGUACACUUUUGCACUUCAUAGGCUGGAGGGCCACGUGAUGAACAUUGGGUACCACAUGCCGCACACCUUCGAUAACGUGCGCAUUUUCCCCGUGCGCCAGAACAACAUGGACACGAAGAAAAUCAGCAAGCGGGAGUACGAGAAUUUACCCAAGUAUCCCAGCCCGCUGCUCGACAAGUACUACCCGCGUUUUGACGACCAUCUCGAGGGGAGAUUGCGCGUCGGAAAGGAAAUCCACAAGAUGGACAUCCAGCAGUACCGAUCUGACCCGGCUUUACAUUACCUGAAGAACGAGAAACUCCCGCCCAACUCGCCGAUGUCACCCUCGCAGCGCAAGGCGAUCGAGCUAUCAAUUGCAAAAAUCCCUGGAUGUCUGGAAACUUGUAGUGCUGCGUUGGGAAUAGUGAAUGCCCUGUAAUGCACAGGCAGGCAUGAGAAAUAUCUGCGCUUCUUUGUGUUGCGUUUUUCGCAUGACAAACUGCGUUUUUGCAUGACAGGCAAACUGGUCUCUUCUUAGACACGCAUCGCAAACUUUUUGGCCAUGCCAGACAAGCAUGACAAAUCUCGCAAUCUUCCAGACCCAGACAUUUUUGCAUUUGAUACGAGCAGAAGGUUUGCCAGAAAACCGAACUGGACAAGAUCUACAACUACCGGGAGCAGCCGGGCUAUGAACUGCAAAAGUAUCGUAGUCGUAUUGCAUUCAUGCAUUACAAAUCUUUUCCUUAAGGUAAAUCAGCAUUACAAAUUUUAUUUCUCAUGCUGAGGAAAUUUGUAAUGCAUUUAUACGAGUGCGAUACUUUUGCAUAGGAUACGGGAGUCGCGGGGGCCAUCUACGAGUCGCCCUACUACUUUCACAAGUCGCAGAUCCGGAACUUUCCGCUGCUGAACCCGGUGAUGAAGGCCAUGCUGGUUAUGAAUUGCAAAUAUGUCAUCUGGGUCUGCAAAAAUGCAAGUUUGUCAUGCCUGUCUGGCAUUAUAAUUCGAGAAUCUGUGUUGCAUAGUCGCGAAAAGGCACUCUUACCUGUCAUGCAAAAACGCGGUUUGCCAUGCGGAAUACGAAUACGUAACACAUGGCAGGCAAAAAAUUUGUCAUGCGACAUAGCUGCGUAUUGCAGUGGAGUGCGUCUAUCAUUCCUUUUUUAGCAUUACAAGUUUCCAGACCCAGACACAUUUGCAAUCCAUACUGAUGCCGGAGCCGCAAAUCGUCUACGACUACAAGCCGAGAGGAACAGGCGCGGAGAAGAAGCAGGCGGGUUAG